AUGGCACCGUUCGGUCGGCGACAUCACUCGUCCGUUGCUCACAAGCUAGCCGAACAAGAACCUGAUGAAGACAGAACUACGGUUACCGAGAGCAUGGCGGUACUGACGGCGAAGGGCCCAGCCAGCGUCAUGAGGCUGGCACCGGUCGACGAAAGAGCUUUAGGAGUUGCGGACGAUGAGAGGAGUACAACAGGGAAGCCACAGCAAACAGAUACCCUUUGGGACCCCGGAUUCUCGAAAGUAAAUGGCACUGUCGCGGAGCCUUUAGAGACUGUUACGGGUGCGGUGCAAGCCGAGCAGAAAAAUGAGAAGCGAAGACGAAGCGCCGCGCACACGAGUGCACGAAGCAAAGCUCCUCAGAGGACCUCUAGGACGAAUUACAUUCCUGGCGAUAUGCGCGAGAAAGAUGAGCCACUAGGCUCGCUCUGGCCGACCGUGAAGGCAAAGGCAGCUGACGGGGACUUCGCCAGCGCGCUGAAAGUCCUUCCGAAAGCAUACGAACGGGAGCCACUUUCAUUUCCUGAUUUCGAAGACCUGCUACGGUUAGCAUCCGCUCGACCAGAAGGGACCGCAUUAGCUGUUUUCAUCUUGAAACAUAUCCGGAGAACGGAUGAUACCCUGGAACAUAUCGUGAAUGCUUUUUAUCAAGGCACUUUGGUGAUUCCCUGGGGCUCCCGCGAGGCUGUAGGCCAGUUGAUCGCAUCUUUCCUCAAAGUGAAGCAAUUUGAGGCAGCCAUAGACGCCUUCCAUCGCGCCAAGCUGGAGCGUGAUGACUUUGUGGAUGUGCGGCUUGUUCUGGAUCUGUGCGACGCAGGUCUCUUCGAGGAUGCGAAGAUGAUCUUCAACUUGAUGGAUCGCCAACAUCUCAACAGAGAGAGCAAUAGGCGCCUGUUUUUCGGCCUUUUCUCUGCUCUUCCGAAGUGUGGAACAAAACUCGAUUUCUCCAGCACCUACGCAGAGAUGAAAGCGCGGAACGUCGUAUAUACGAAGGAGCUUUACCAAACGGUCAUCCGAGCCUGCCUCGCGUUCGGUGCCAUCGAACGAGCAACAGCCACGUUCGAAGAGAUGGUCGGAUACCCAUUUCAGCCUGAUACGAACAUCUAUUGCGCUUUUAUACGGGCAUACACUCGACCGCCGCAUGCAAACACCGCCCUGCUAAUGAUGUGGUACGAUUCUAUGGUGGUAGAGCACAUCAAGCCGACGUUAAAAGCGUACACGAACAUGCUAGCACAUUUCGCGCGCGAAGGAAAAUUGGAGAGCCUAGAAGCCGUGUGGGCGGACAUGACGCAUUUUGAAAUCAAGCCGGACUUGCACGCGUACACCACGAUGAUGCUUGCGUACGCUCGUCAGGGCCAAGCGGGGUCUGCAGAACGAUGGUUCAAGAUGAUGUUGGAUGAUCAGCAUACGCCAGAUUCCUAUGCGUAUAGCGCUCUGCUGAUGGGCUAUAUCCAGGCGCAGAAUUUGGAGGCUGCUCAGAGGCUGAUGGCCGAGCUUGUCCGGCGGCAGGCAGAGGUGGACGAACAGAACAAGAGACUGGCUACCACGGACGCCGAGGCCGACAUACAGGCUGCGAAGCAGACCAAGAGGAAGGAGCGGAGGCCGGACAAGGUCCCAUCCCUCGUCAACACCAACACUUACAACAUCCUGAUCAAGGAGCUCAUCCGCGUCGGCGACGUCCACGCAACACGAUGGUACAUCGAAGAAAUGCGAAAAUCCGGCAUCGAACCCGACACCUACACCUGUCUCAGCGUCAUGCAGGGCUACAUCUCCACAUCCAACAUCCACGAAGGCCUCCAGAUGUACCACGCCAUGGUCGCGCAGGGCGUCGUGCCCAACAAUCACAUCUACUCCAAGCUGGUCAACAUGCUGGGCCACGCGAAGGCGGCUUCGCAGGACAUCCGCCAUGUGAUGGAGGACAUGAUCGCGCGCAGGGUGGAGCCGGAUGUGUACACUUGGACAGCGAUCAUGUUUGCGUUUGGACGGGCGGGGGAGCCGGAGAUGGCGAUCAAAAUCUGGGAACAGCUCCGGAAUUUACGGGCUGAGGAGAAUGCUGUCGGCGGCGAGAAUGCGAAAGAUGCCACGGUGGCGACGGACCCGAUCGACUGCGCGCCGGUACUGAUUGUCGACGACGUGUGUUUCCUGAUGUUCCUGUAUGCGGUUUUGGGGCUCUCUGAACGGUUGGGCGGCGUCAAGACGGAAGAAGGGUUGGAGUGGUUAAACCGGCUGCUGGACGAGACGCGGUGGUUGGUGGGGAACAAUAUGGUUUUCACGGGGAGGUCGUGGGAUGUCCUGAUCCGGAAGGUUGCUGGGCGUGGAGAUGUGUUGGUCGCUGCAGAGAUUGUGGAGAUCGCGUUGAGAGCGUUAUGUGAUAGGGUGCGGAAUGUGUCGCCGCCAUUGAGAGCGGAGACCGAGAUCAUCAUUGCCACAUCCAACAACACAGACUCGCCACCCUCAUUACAAUCAGCGCCUGCAAGCGAUACCCCAGCGGAGUCGCCUCCAUCGGCGCAAAGUGAAUCCAUCGGCAAACUCGUUCAACAGAUACGUCUCCAGCAAUCCAUCCGCACAUUCGCAUCCAUCCGCGUCGCCCUCGACGCGGUUCUCGUCAACGCCUUGCCUCCCCUGGCUCGCUACGUACGGUGGGCUGGGCACUCCGCCAGAAUUAAGGAUCAGCUUAUUCCCCUACUCGAGGUCUUGCGCACGGAGUUCUCGGACCUCGUCACUCCGGAACACCUGACUCUGUUUGACGAAUCGCCUUAG